AAGGAGUGACGGGUUUGGGUUCCGGAUAAGUCCCUGUCCAGACUCUGGGUGUUUCUGGCUGGUUUCCCUAAUUUCCAUGUUAUGAGUGCGUGCGUGAACCAGUGACCCGUUUCCUGGAAUGAAGAUUCGAACCACUUCUCAAGGAUGAAGUUGAGAUCGAAUGCGCUUUGGGUUGCUGUGCUGGCCAUCAGUUUCCUGCAUUUAGCUGACUCGAGGGUGCGCCGGAAGAAAGUCAAGAAGCUGAGAACAUCAACGGUAGCACCAGUGGUUGUGCAGGAAAUCCGGACGGCGGUGAAUUCUUCGGAUGCUCCAACCAAAAUCAACUUGGAUGAUGACCAGGUUCCACCAGAGAAAACCAAUGGAAAAUACGCAAACAGAGGAAAACGGAAAAGGAGGAUUGAUGGAGAUGAGGAGGACUAUGAAAACUAUGUUAACUAUGGUGACGGAGUUGUUGAUAAUGAUUAUGAGAUGGUUAGAGGCGAUACAAUUACCACUCCGCAGCCUCCAGAUGAACAACCUCGACUCAGGCCUGAACAACCUUCAACAGACCCUGUGGGCCUUUUAGGGUGCAAUUUAGAUGGAAAGUUUUACUCAGAAGCUGAGACGUGGAGGUCGGAGGAAUGCACAAACUGCACCUGCCUUGAAGGAAAAGUGGAAUGCUCAACGGAUGAGCGAUGUUUGGAAGCACUCAGGCCCUUAAACCCUGCAAAUGACAAUGAUAUCUACCCAUCGACAGGGCUAAGAGGAGAACAAGGACGGGCUGGGGAAACUGGCUAUCCAGGAACUCCAGGCUUACCGGGGAUACCUGGACAACCUGGACCUCCAGGUCCAGCCCCUGAUCUUACGGCUUACUACGCCCAACUGGCCGCAGCCAAUCAAGCCAACGACAAAGGGCCUUCAAUCCCUCAAUUAGCUGAACCAUUCCAGUACAUCCAGGCCCAAGUGGGCCCAGCAGGAGUGAGAGGCCAACCAGGUCCUCCGGGCCCUCCCGGUCCGCAAGGAUUUCAUGGAACUAGAGGAGAGAUUGGGGAACCUGGACCAUCGGGUCCACUGGGCCCCCCCGGCUUGCGAGGCCUUCCUGGACCUCCAGGAAAGGACGGCGAAAGAGGCGAAGAUGGGGAAACUGGGGCAUCGGGCGCCACUGGACCUCCUGGAACUAGAGGCGUGCCAGGCGUUCCAGGGCUUCCAGGUGUAAAAGGACAUCGAGGAUUUCCUGGAGUCGACGGACUAAAAGGAGAGCAAGGAGUGACUGGUCAGAAGGGCGCCCAAGGGAUUCAAGGCUUCGUAGGGCCAACUGGGCCUUCGGGUCCCGCAGGACCAAGAGGAGAAAGAGGCAGGGAAGGACUCCCAGGUCCUCCCGGCCUAAGAGGAAUCGACGGCGUCUCUGGACCUCCUGGCUUGCCAGGAUCGAUUGGAAAACCCGGGCCUCCAGGAUUCCCGGGAAUUCCCGGAGCUAAAGGCGAUCAAGGAGCUGUGGGGCCUAUUGGAGGCCAAGGCCUUCAAGGACCUAGGGGAGAGUCGGGACGACCGGGCGAACCAGGAGAGACUGGUCCUUCGGGCCCCCCUGGAAAGGACGGAUAUCCAGGAGAAAAAGGCGCCACUGGCUCUCCAGGAAUUCUAGGGCCGCCCGGCUUUCCGGGAACUAGAGGCGCUCCCGGUCAGGACGGCAGCCCGGGCCUACCAGGAGCCAAAGGACUACAAGGACCGCCUGGUGAGAGAGGCUACAAGGGCGAAUCGGGAUCAAAAGGAGAAACAGGCGCUCUGGGGCCUAGAGGCCUUCCAGGUCUCACUGGCCCCGAAGGAAAGCGCGGUCGGCGGGGAAAUAGGGGUCCACCGGGCCCCACAGGUCCCCUAGGAGAGCGCGGUCUACCAGGAAUUACCGGCCUGCCAGGACCGGAUGGAGCGCCAGGGCCUAAAGGGCAAACCGGAGAACGGGGCUUCCAAGGACUUCAAGGCCUGAAGGGAUCACAGGGAGAAGUGGGUAGAACUGGAGCCGUAGGCCUUCAAGGGCUUCGGGGCUUUAAUGGUAGGACUGGGCCCCCAGGAAAAUCAGGCCCACCAGGCGACAGAGGGCUGCCUGGCCAGGAUGGAAAGCCUGGGGAGCCGGGAAUCCAGGGAAUCCAGGGCAUCCCUGGCCCGAUUGGUCCUACCGGAGAUAAAGGACUAACCGGCGAAGCUGGCAAAGAUGGAGAACAAGGCCCGCAGGGCGCCCCAGGCCCUAGAGGGGAUGUUGGAAAGGACGGACAAUCAGGCCUCCAGGGUCCUCCGGGACCCUCAGGGAAUGACGGCGAAAGGGGCCCGCCUGGAGUGGCAGGACCAAGAGGUUUCCAGGGCAUUCCCGGAUCGCCCGGAAACCCUGGGCAACCUGGAAAGGACGGAGAGGUCGGCUUGCAGGGCCCACCAGGAUCUCCUGGAGCAGUUGGAUCUAGGGGAGAACGAGGAUUCCCUGGAGAGAGAGGCCCAAUGGGACAACCGGGAGGACCUGGACCGAAGGGAUCUUCCGGAGCUCAAGGCGCAGAUGGACCCCCGGGGGUGCCGGGAAUAAGAGGAAUGAAAGGCCACCAAGGCCCACCGGGAUUAAUCGGUCUGCCGGGCUUGCGAGGCCAACCAGGCCAGCAAGGAGAAAAAGGGGAAAGAGGCAGCUACGGUCCUGUGGGCCCUGAGGGACCUCCAGGGAGACAAGGAGAGCGUGGAUUGAUUGGCCCUGCUGGUCCUCCGGGACCUCCAGGGGAACCAGCCGCCCCAGGCGAACCAGGACCUCCAGGCCUUGCGGGAGAACCCGGAGCGCAAGGGAACCCUGGAGACAGAGGGCAGGUUGGGCCUUUGGGACCUCAAGGAUUUCCUGGACCACCAGGACUGAUCGGUCUGCCGGGACCUAAAGGCGAAAGAGGAUUGUUAGGACCGAAGGGUUUGCAAGGAAAUCCAGGACUAAUCGGACGACCAGGAGUGGCAGGCCUGCAGGGCCCUGUGGGAUUAACAGGAGCCAAAGGCGCCAGGGGCGAAACAGGACAACGGGGCGACAUCGGCCUAAUGGGCCCCCCGGGACGCCCAGGCGAACCUGGACCGGCUGGCCACCCUGGAAGCGCCGGACCUUCCGGCCCUCCAGGAUUGCCGGGAAUUAAAGGCGGCCAAGGAGACCAAGGCCGAACUGGCAACCCUGGCCCACAAGGCCUGCCUGGUAUCCCCGGCUUGGAAGGAACCAAAGGAGAGGCGGGCGCAGAAGGCCCCACUGGGCCUCCAGGGCAAACGGGACCAAGAGGCGCUACUGGGGAGAGAGGUUUACCGGGGCUGCCUGGAGGCGCAGGGCCGAUUGGGCCAAUCGGGCAUCGGGGCCCGCCAGGGGAACCUGGAGUGGCUGGAAAGCCUGGAAACGAGGGCCCGCUUGGGCCUCAAGGCUUAGGUGGUCCUGCGGGCCCACCUGGACCCAGUGGAGACCAAGGCCCUGAAGGGCCUCCGGGCAAAAUCGGUCCUCCUGGAAUUUCCGGCAGAGUUGGAGACAAAGGGCCGCCGGGCUCUCCAGGCCAUCCAGGCCCCAGCGGCCCCCCAGGGCUGCCAGGACUCCAAGGAUCCGUCGGGCCUAUCGGCUUAACAGGCGAAAGAGGCCAGCCAGGCGAGCCAGGAGCUCAAGGCACUGAAGGAAGGCCCGGCGAACGGGGCAAAGCAGGCCCACAAGGCCUGGAAGGUCCCAAAGGAGACAGAGGAGAACCGGGACUUAAAGGAGCUAAAGGACACACCGGGCUUAUGGGACUGCAGGGCCUGCCUGGCAGUCAAGGAGCGCCGGGCGAAAGAGGAAUCCAGGGAUCGCCAGGUUUUGCAGGGAAAGAUGGAGAUGCGGGACCUCGAGGUCCUCCUGGAAGGGACGGCAAUUCGGGCCCACCUGGACUGCCCGGAAAUCCAGGCCCACGAGGCGAAAGUGGAGGCGAUGGCAGACCAGGAACGCCCGGAAAUCCAGGUCAACCAGGACCUCCAGGACCUCCAGGCGAAGGCAUCGGCUACGACGCAGCCUCUCUGGCCGCUCUUCUAUCCAACGCGAACACCCAAAAAGGGCCAGACGCGAUGGGCGAUGAGCCAUACGCGCCAAGAGUCUUCGGCAAAGAACUAACAGCGGAGGAAACCAAAGAGCUCAUCAACAAAGCCUACGAACAGCUGAAGAGAUCGUUCGAUAAAUUCCGGAAACCCAAUGGGGAGAAGGACAGUCCUGGGCGAACUUGCCGGGAUAUUUGGGCGGCUUAUCCAGAAUCCUCUAGUGGGCAAUAUUGGAUUGAUCCCAACGACGGCGAUGCUAAGGACGCAGUCCUGGUGCAUUGCGAGAUGGAAAAGAAGGCUUCCUGCGUGUUCCCCAGCCCGCAAAGGUCGCAGCAGCUCCACUACAUUGGCGAGGAACCGGAAAUCUGGCUAGGAGAAAUCGAGAAGGGAAUUAAGCUGCACUACAAAGCUCAUUCCUCCCAACUCGCCUACUUGCAACUGCUGUCCUCCAAAGCCACUCAAAACGUUACUUACCACUGCCGCAAUUCCGUUGCUUAUUACGACGCCAAUAAGCACACUUAUAGAAAGGGGCUGAAGCUGAUGAGCUACAACGAUGUGGAAAUCACCCCCAAAGGCAACAAGCUCCGAUACGAAGCUGUGCUGGAUGAGUGCAAGUAUCGGAAAGAUUCUUGGGCGAAAUCGGUACUAGAGUUCAACACCGAUAAGCCCAAUAGGCUCCCCAUCAUGGAUAUCGGUGUAAGGGACGUUGGAGAGCCUGAUCAGAGCUUCUGGGUGGAAAUAGGCGCUGUCUGCUUCUCCUAGAGGAGAAUGGCGACUUCACACAAGUAAAAACGUGAUAAAUAUGUGCCUUAGCUUAUAUGAAUAUGUCACAUUUGUUUGAUGCUGAGAAAGAGUACUAAAUUAAGGGCUUACUGUAAAUUCUACGGUUAUAAUAAAAUAAAAUUUCAACGAAAACACAGCAAA